ACUAUGGCUCAUUACAAAGCCGUUGACUCGAAGCACGAGCAGUUCCAGCGGUACUUGGAGAAGUCGGGAGUGCUGGACACGCUGACCAAGGUAUUGGUAGCCUUAUAUGAAGAACCGGAGAAACCUAAUAGUGCUUUGGAUUUUUUAAAGCAUCACUUAGGAGCUGCUACCCCAGAAAAUCCAGAAAUAGAGCUGCUUUGCCUAGAAUUGGCAGAAAUGAAAGAGAAAUAUGAAGCUAUUGUAGAAGAAAAUAAAAAACUGAAAACAAAGCUUGCUCAGUAUGAACCACCUCAGGAGCAGAAGCCUGCUGAAUAGGAUUCUUCUCAGUUGAAAAGACACUGAAAAAUGGUUUUGUAAGACUUGAAUAGUUUGUAUAGUAUAUAAUCUUUUCUGAACAGAUGCUAUAAAACUCUUUUAAUAUGUUAA